AGCAAGCCAUGGCUCCUGGUAUUGGCUUUGCCGUUGGCAUCCAACGUCUGAUACCUUUCAUCGGUUAUCACCACAUUCUUAUGAUCUUGAUUGCCGUUGCCAUCAUUCUUCUUUGGUGUUCCUCGAGUUCACCGUUGAUACCAGGAAUCUUUCUCAUUGACUUCUACUAUCAAACAUACACACCGACAUAUGAUCCGGCGCAAGUCGAUCCUGGCGUCACUGCCGCUAUUGCCAACAUUGUUGGACAGACGCAGUUGGAAGUAAGAGUCGGAUACUUUGGCUUGUGCAUAGCAUCGGAUGCAGGCAACUACCUCUGCUCCAACAAUGCUACCCUGCUGGCCGAGCAGAUUAGCAUCGACAAAGAUCCCAUGAACUUGAUCUGGGUUGCAAAUACCUUCAAGAACUCAGUCUNNAUCAUCGCCAUCAUCUUCGCCUUCCUCUGCUUCCUUCUUCUCGCCUCUUUCCCUGGCUGGCAUGAAGAACGUGACCGCGCGACGGGUUCAGAAGUCGAUGUGAAACCCUUCCCUUCACGUCCGGUCUCACAAUCAGCUCUGGCGCUCGUCUUCAUCGCCUCAGUCUUUGUCCUAGUAUCCGUACUAUGGCAACACACGGCGUCAGUAGCCGCAGCACAAGUCGCCCAAGACAUGGGCAACGGCAGCAUAAAAUCUGGUGUCGGAACAUCAGCCAUGGUGUUGGGCUGGUUCAGCUUUGCAUUACUACUCAUCGUUACCAUUGGUCUAUUGGUCAUGAUUUUGAGUAUCCAUCUCUUGGACAGACUUACCGAUGAA